CAAUUCCUCUCCUUCCCAGGGUGAAGAACUUGUGAUGGUGAAUGACUCCGUUCUGUUUUCUGUUAUCUGGACUUCAGAGGACUCAGUGGCCUUUGAAGAUGUUGUUUUGACCUUUACUCCAGAGGAAUGGGCUUUGCUGGAUCCCCUCCAGAAGAAUCUCUAUGGAGAUGUGAUGCUGGAAACCAUCAGGAACCUGGCUUCUAUAGGGAAAAAAGACCAGAACAUUGAAGAUCACUACAGAAAUUCCAGGAGAAUUCUAAGAAAUCAUAUGGUAGAAAGACUCUGCGAACGUGAAUGCAUUCAAUUUGGAGACACUGUCACCCAGAAUCCACGUCGCAUUCUGAACCAGAAACCUUCUCUUGGAGCAAGAUCACAUGAAAAUAGUGCCUGUAGAGAAGUCUUCAGUGGUCAUUUAUCCCUCAGUAGGCGUAGUAUAGAUCAAGCCCAACAUAAACCAUACGAGGAUCAGGAAUAUGGAGAGAAGCCAUAUGAACAUCAGCAGUGUGAAAAAGCCUUCCGUCAUUGCCCCUCCUUUCAAAUUGAUGAAAGGACUCACCCUGGAGAGAAACUUUAUUAUUGUAAGGAAUGUGGAGAAACCUUCCUUUCUCUUGAAAGUAUCCAGAAACACAUGAUAACACACAGUGGAGAUGGACCCGAGAAACGUAAGGUAUACGGGAAAGACUUUGAUUCUCCCAGUUCGUUUUGUAUACACGAUCGAACUCACAAUGGAGAGAAACCCUAUGAAUGUAAGGUCUGCGGGAAAGCCUUUAGUCGACCCAGUUCCAUUCGCUAUCAUGAAAGACUUCACACCGGAGAGAAACCCUACAAAUGCAGGAAAUGUGGGAAGGCCUUCACCGGUUUCAGUUCAUUUCUUUAUCAUGAGAGAACACACACCGGAGAGAAACCCUUCGAAUGUAAGCAGUGUGGGAAAGCCUUCAGUUGUUCCAGUGCCUUCCGGAAACAUGAACGAACUCACACUGGAGAGAAACCCUAUGAAUGUAAGCAAUGUGGGAAGACCUUAAGAUAUUCUAGUUCAUUUAGAAAACAUGAAAGGACACAUGCUGGAUUGAAACCUUACGAAUGUAAGACAUGUGGCAAGUUCUUUAGUUCCAAUAAGGUUCUUCGAAUACACGAAAGAACCCACACUGGAGAAAAACCCUACGAAUGUAAGCAGUGUGGGAAAGCCUUCAGUCGUUCUGGUUACUUUCGAAUACAUGAGAGAAUUCACACGGGAGAGAAACCCUAUGAAUGUAAGCAGUGUGGGAAAGCCUUUAGUUGUUCUGGUUCCUUUCAAAAACAUGAACGAACUCACACUGGGGAGAAGCCUUAUGAAUGUAAAAAAUGCAAUAAAACCUUCCGCCUUUCUAGUCACUUACGAGUGCAUGAAAGAACUCAUACUGGAGAAAAACCAUAUAUAUGUAAAGAGUGUGGAAAAGCCUUCAUUACUUCCAGUUCCCUCCAAAAGCAUGAAAGAACUCACACAGGAGAAAAACCCUACGAAUGUAAGCAAUGUGGGAAAGCCUUCAGUUCCAAUUACAUUCGAAUACAUGAAAGAAUUCACACUGGGGAGAAACCUUAUAAGUGUAAGUUAUGUGGGAAAGCCUUUAGCUGUUCCAGUUCCUUUCGAAAACACGAAAGAACUCACACUGGAGAGAAGCCCUACGAAUGUAAAAAAUGCAAUAAAACCUUCCGUCGUUCUGGUCACUUGCGAGUACAUGAAAGAACUCAUAAUGGAGAACCACACAUACGUAAGGAGUGUGGGAAUGCCUUCCUUUUUCCCAGUUCCUUUCUACAGUAUGAAAGAUCUCAUACUAGAGGGUGAGCCCUGGCUGACUGCAGGCCUGGGAGAAGGACUUGAGAGGAUACCUUGGGCUGUCCACCUCCCAGGUCAAAAAGAAGAAGAGCCUGAAAGAGACUGGGAAGGCCAAUGAGGUCAGAG